ACUCAUCUCUGGAAGAUAAUGGAACUUUAGAUGCUACCUCAGAUGACAGCGAUAAUGAGGAUUUUAGGCCUCGUAUUUGCGUAAGAACUGGGGCUGCUCUGAAAAGUCUGAUGCGUUUGGAUGCCCUUCAAACAGUCGGCAUGGAGGAUACGGUCCAUGAUGAUCCUGAAUCCAUGCCAGACCCAACAACAGCAGAGAGACAAACAUUCCCUGUCAACAUUUGUACAGCGAAGGACCCCCAAAAAAAGACAAGAAUGCCAAGCACCUGGACCAUUUGAGAUCCAUAUCACGUGCAGAGGAACUGCUUCUGUAGUUCAUUGGAUGUGUCCUCGUGGCCAUAUAGUUUGGAAAUGGGCCUCCCAGCCCAUGAUGAAUUACGGAAUGUUGGCAGGGGACUUCAUGUUGGCCACCAAUAUCUUACUGUCUGGAAACAAUUAUGAAAAGAUCUGUCUGCUUUUCAAAUUCAUGCAAAUGGGGACAGUGGAUAGAUCAACAUUUUUCAGAAUACAGAACAGCUACUGUGUGGACACUGUGAAGACGUUCUGGAAUUAUAACAGAGCCGCGAUCAUCACUGAUCUUAAAUCUAAAGGACCUGUUGUGGCACUUGGAGGUGCCUGGACAGACAGACCUGGUUUCUGUGCCCAAUACUGUACUUACACUGCCAUAGACAAUGAUUCCAAAAAAAUUAUAAGUAUGUGCAACAUUGACAAGGGUGAGACUUUGAGAAAUUCUGUUGUCAUGGAGAAGGAGGGCUUCAUGAGAACAUUUGAGACUCUCCUAGAAGAGGUUCACCUCAAGGAAAUCUGCACGGACACUCGCACACAAAUUUCACCCCUCUUCAACAAUGGGAAAUACGAAGACAGUGGCGUCGUACAUUCUCUGGAUGUGUGGCAUGGAGCCAAAACCUUGUGGAAGAAAAUUCAUGCAGCAGGAAAGCAAAAAGGCUGCAGCAUUCUCCAUGCGUGGAAUAAAGAUAUCUGCAACCACUUCUGGUUUUGUUGCAAGACUGCAGGUGACACAGAGGAGUUCUUUUACCUGUGGAGUGGAGUCCUCAACCACGUGCAAGGAAUACAUAAAUGGGAUUUAGGUUCCUGUCAGCACGGGCCCUUGGAGGAUGACCGAGAGAAAUUGAUCUGGAGACACACUGAGGCCCACAAAAGACUGACUGACAUUGUUAUGGCUCCAAGAUGGCUAAAGCAAAUCCCCAAAUAUCUGUCUUUCAGGUCCACUGCAGAGCUGGAGUCAUUUCAUAACCAUAUCUUGAUUUAUGCCAGCAAACGUUUCAACUUUAGACCACCUGUGUAUGCUGCUCGCACAAUGCUGGCCGCCCUCGACUACAACCAUCAUGUUGACAGACCAGCUAAAAGGAGGCAUGAUGGCUCUAUACAGUAUGGCAAAGUGUACAACAAGAAGUCCAGUAGGUGGAGUCUUUACGCAUUGCAGGUGGAAAAAGACUAUAGUUAUAUCUCACAAAUUCAGAGUGCCAUUGUGAGCAAAAGGUUGUCUGCCAGCCGUGGCCUGCCGCAGACCACCGCGCUAAGGCCUGAUGAUCCUCGGCCUAUUGUCAGGUGGCUGCUUCACACUGGAAAGUACUGGUGGACGGAUCUAUCCAAAAUAUCGAUACUAGCCUGAAAAUAUCCAUAGAGUAGUUUCAGUUUCACAGACACACACGCGCGCACACACAACGUGCCAUCCACAGCACUGAGAGCGGAAGAAUGCCAGAAGAAGAGAAGCGCCAUGUGGUUAUAUUUUCAAGUUGAAAAUGACACAUAGUCAAGCUGCACUAUUUGCAAAAAGGCUGUAAACUACAGUGGCAACGCCACAAAUUUAUGGAAACACAUGAAAAAAUGUGCCCUGCGAUUGGCUGGCGACCGGUUCAGGGUGUACCCCAACUCUCGCCCGAAGAUGGCUGGGAUAGGCUCCAGCCCGCCCGCAACCCUGGUGAGGAGAAGCGAGACAGAAAAUGGAUGGAUGGAUAAUCGUGUUGGAAGUAAUAUUUAAUUGUUAGUUAAUGUUCAUUUUCUAAUUUAAACUGUGUAUUUGUGACUUUGCCAACUCAAAAAGUAUCAGUUAUGCUAAGACCUAUAUAUAAUAUUGAAGGUAAUAUAAAAUACUUUAUAAUAUUCUAAUAUGUAAUUCUAUAUGUAAUAUAAUAUAGAGUUUUAUGGUGUAACUGGUUUGGAAGGUAAACAAGGAUGUUUAUUGCAGUAUAGUCAGAUAAGGGUUUAUUGCAGGAAAGCCCCCACCAGGAUGCAUGUGGAGACCAUAAAGAACAGAUGUCAAGGAAGACUGGCUGCGGGGAGCCACUAUAAACAUUAGAUGCAAGACUGUGGGACGGCAUCUGGAGCCAGCGGCAAAUGGUCAUCAUUCUGCAGAGCAACGAUGACGUCAGAUGGGACCAUGGACCAAUCAGACGACAGCGAUUCCAUACUUCCUCUUUGAAACAUUGUAUUAGUGGGGGGCAAGAACAGAGAGCUGUGUUGAGUCUACGCUGUCUUGGCUGAGGCUAGGAUAAGCGUAGCUGCUGACCCAGAGCUCUGUAAAUUGUAUAGACUCCUCUUUCAGGAAUAAA